AUGACCAUGCACCCGAAUGUAAUUGUACAACAACUCUCUGUUCGAUAUUUUCUCAAGGAAUGUAUUACCUUUAUCCCUUCAACAUAGAGUAUCAUAUUUUAGCAUCCACAAUGCUCUAUGUCCUGUGGAAGAAUAUCGGACGCAAAGUAGAACACCACCACCAACACAAAAUACUGUUCAAGUUUCAUGGCAUAACAGUGGGCACGAUUUUUGGACUAAUUGUGCUGAUUAGCACAAUAGCAGUCGUUGUUGUGUACUUAAUUCAGAUAGGACGUUCGAAAAUCAAGAGUGAGUUAGCACUUACUAUGUUUUACUUAUAUGCUAUCUCCGUACUGACUCUUAUGUGUGCAACUGGAAUUGUCGCCCUUCUAAUUUACAGACUAGAAGAAAGAUCAAUGGAUAAUUCAAAAAAUCCUGCCAGGAAACUUGAUGCAGACCUAUUAGUUGGCACAGCUUCAGGUUCCUGGCUCCUCUCUUGGGGUUCUAUCCUAGCGAUUAUCUGUGCCCAGUCUCAUCCGAAAUACACAUGGUACAAUCUUCCUUAUUCCAUCCUGGUUAUUAUUGAGAAAUAUAUUCAGAAUCUCUUUAUCAUUGAGUCCAUACAUCGUGAACAGGAAAAAGUGAAUGAUGAUAUUAAAACUCUUCGAAUAGUAACUGUAUCCAGUGGGAGCACUCUGUCACUUACCCCAUCAUACAAAGAAAUUUACACUGGAGCAGCUGAUAUGGACAAUGGAAAGUUUCCAUACAUGUUUGAUGGGAAUAUCUACAUGAGAGAAAGAAGUGGCGGUGAUGGUUUUGAUGAAGUCAGGAGUCAAGCUAGCAGUCCAGUCACACACUCAACCUCCAAUUUCUCACUGUACAAUCGAAACUCAGUUAACAAUAAGAGGAGAAUCCUGAAGAACAUUGCAGCAUUUUUAUUCCUGUGUAAUCUUUCGGUAAGGUAUUUUGAAUGUAAUUCACAAAAUUAAUACC